UCGUCACACAGAAAGUGACCGACAGAACCAGCUGAUCUGAACUGGCUGCUUGUUUUAACGCUGAGCAGGAGAAUAUUUCCUCUGCAGCUGCACAGAUCAACCCAGGACACUAAUGAAAUCAGCAGCAGGUGGGGGUGGGGCUUCAGUGAGUGAUCAUCAGAACAUCAGGAGGAACCAGUUGAGUCCAACGGUCAGAACCUGCAGCCGGGUGGACGAGCUGAGCUGCUCCAGCGCCUUCAGCAUGCAGACAACUGGCAGCCUGUCGGAACCGAACCGCAGGAACUGAACCGGACCGAACAGGACCGGACCGAACUGGACCCCAGGAACCGAACCCCAGGAACCAAACUACAGGAACUGGACUGAACCGAACCCCAGGAAAGGUUUUCAUCCUCCCUCCGCUCCAGAAACCAUCCAUGAUGCCCCACCUUCUGCUGCUCCUGUGCUUCCCUCCAGCUGUGGCAUGAACAAUGCAGCCUGCUGUCCUCCAGUCUCCCUGUUCUGCUACACCUGCGUGUUUCCGGCCAUCUCUCCUCUGGACUGCAUCCGGUUCCCUCUGAAGUGUCCGCCGGGGCAGGUGUGCCUGUCCAGUCGGGCCGUGGGGCAGAAAGGUGACCUGCGGGUGGUGCUGUACGAGAAGAGCUGCGUCCUGCCUGCGCUGUGCGGAGUCACUGGGGAAAAGUUCGCUCUGGGUCUCAACUUCACCUUCAUCAACGAAUGCUGCAACACACACCUGUGCAACGCGGCCGGCCGCCCCGCCGGGCCCCCGCUCUGGACGGCCCUGCUGCCCCUGCUGGCUCUGGGCUCCGCUUGGUGAACAGAAGGACAUGAAAGUUUAAGUGAAACUAAAAAUACUCUCUGAAUUAAAAGGCCGGAUUCUAACAGCAGAAACUUCAUAAAUGAUUCCAACCAACUGAGAUUUUCCUGUUUUGGUAUUUUAUUCAGAUUUAUGAGCAACACAAAGUCAAGCAGGGAAUCUGAACCGGAGGAAACAGAAAUCCUCCUUGGAGCCAAAAUAUUAAAACUCAUUUGAUG